GUCAUGGAGUUUCCGCCAGCAGGUUAGGGUGGUCACGUUCCCAUCAAUCUCGCUCCUCGCCGCGGGUGGAUAUUGGCUGCCGUCGAGCUGCGGCCGGGGUAGGAGCGGGGAGCAGCGGCCGGAGUGCCCCGCCGACUGUCGGCUUUCCCCAUCCUCUCCGUGGAAUCUUCACCCGGUUGCUGCCAGGCCAGGCCAGGGCGGGGUGGUGGGGCUGGUUUGUCGGCGGUCUUCUCCUUUUUUCACCCCCCUUUCCGGAUCAAGCCGAGUUCCCGGUUCUUUCCACAGGCGAAAACCCUCCUUCAUUUUGUUUCUGCUGCCUGACGGGCAGCGAUGUUCCUGGAAGUGGGGCUUCUGUGGAUAAGCUGAGAUACGUACCUAACCUAUGGAUAAAGUUGGAAAGAUGUGGAGCAGUUUGAAGUACCGAUGUCAGAAUUUUUUUGUUAAUGACGGUGGAGGCCCAAAUGAAAAUGUUCUGAACUGUUCAAGUUGUUCUGUUGGUAAAAGCACAAAUGCAAAUAUCGAUGAACUGCCUCAGCAGGAAUUAGGAGUUUCAAUGAAUGGAAAUGGAGUUACAACUUUAGUUACAGACACAUGUGUGGCCAUGGACAGAAGAAAUGGAAACUGUGUAUCUCACAUCCCAGAGGUUGUUGAAGCAGAUUUGGAUAAAGAAAAUGAUAAUUUGGCUGCUGAAUCAGAAUCUCACCUUGUUCGAAGAGACUCUUAUUCUCGUCAUGCUCCUUGGGGAGGGAAGAAGAAACACUCCUGCUCGACAAAAACCCAAAUGUCAUUUGAAACAGUUAAACGCUUUAGUAGAACAAGAUCUGGUUUACAAAGGCGGGAAAGACGAUAUGGUGUAAGUUCCAUCCAUGACAUGGAGAGUUUGUCUAAUCGUGGUAUGACACGUCCAUCUAUACGCCAGCGUUUCCAAGAAACUGUAGGACUCUGUUUUCCAUUACGGACACAUACUAAACAGCCAAAGAACUUGUUGUCAAGUAGGCGAAAAAUUUUGCUGUCUGAACUGAUGCUUGAAAAAUGUCCUUUUCCCGCUGGAUCAGAUCUAGCCCAGAAAUGGCAUCUUAUUAAGCAACAUACAGCUCCUGUGAGCUCACAGUCAACCUGUUGGCUUGAAACACUUGAUCCUACUUUUUCUUCUACAGAAGAUGAAGAAGAUAGGCUUAGGGAAAGACGAAGGCUUAGUAUUGAAGAAGGGGUUGAUCCUCCUCCCAAUGCCCUUAUACACACUUUUGAGGCAACUGCACAAAUUAAUCAAACAUACAAGCUGGGACCAAAGUUAGCACCUGGAAUGAGUGAGCUUCCUGGUGACGGUCGUGGAGUGACAAAUGGUGACUGGGACUUGGAAGAGGAUUCUACUACUCUUUGUCUCCAAGCACGGAAACAGAAAACACGGCAGAUGCCAGGAGAAAAUAUUGGUCUUGCUGCCAGACCUGGGCCCUGGAAAGUUCACACACAAAUUGAUUACAUUCAUUGCCUGGUUCCAGAUUUGCUUCAGAUUACAAGUAACCCUUGUUAUUGGGGGGUCAUGGAUCGUUAUGAAGCUGAGGCCCUCCUUGAUGGCAAGCCUGAAGGCACAUUUCUACUCAGGGACUCAGCACAAGAGGACUACCUCUUCUCAGUGAGCUUCCGUCGUUAUAACCGCUCCUUGCAUGCCAGGAUUGAGCAGUGGAAUCACAAUUUUAGUUUUGAUGCCCAUGAUCCCUGUGUUUUCCACUCCUCCACAGUAACUGGCCUCCUGGAACAUUAUAAGGAUCCUAGUUCAUGCAUGUUUUUUGAACCUUUGCUGACUGUUCCACUGACCAGGACUCUUCCCUUCAGCCUGCAGUACAUCUGCCGUGCAGCCAUUUGUUGUUGUACAACAUAUGAUGGAAUAGAUGCACUUCCACUUCCCCCACCUCUACAAGAGUAUCUGAAAGAGUACCACUAUAAACAAAAAGUACGAGUGCGAUGGUUAGAACGCGAACCAUCAAAGGUUAAAUAAGCACUCAUCUUUUUUAUAUAUCACUGAUAUUUCUGACACCUCCUCUUCCCCGGAUGUAUGGGACUUUAUUAAAAUUUUGUUCAGAAUGAAUAAGACUUGAAUUAAGUCGCAAUACGUGGUUACUCCAUUUUGCAACUUCCUUUUAGUGUACUUUGGCACUUUGUGUCUGUAAUUUAGUGGAUACUGCAGGUCCAUAUACAGAUUAACAUGCAUGUAUUUAUUAUGUUGACAGUUAGCAAUUUUCUAGCUUUGCAGUUGUCUUUGAGGGGUGCGGUCAAAAUUAAUUUAGAGCAAUUAUGGAGCUCUCUGCAGAACUGAUACAGAAAUUAUAUAUUUACUAUAAAAUCUUUGAAGUAGUGGUGAAAUUGAAUUUUAAGGAACUGCCAUUUGAGAUUGAACACCUUUAUGUAUUUUGGCGUUGAAAUUGAAUGAAUUUGAUCAGGCUUUUAAGGAUUUUGAUUUGGAUAUCAGAAAUGCCUGCUCUAUUUUUGCGAUAAUAAAUUCUCUGGGCCAUUAAAGAUGGUGAUUAUAUGCCUGGUGGUUACAAAAUGCAGCUCAAGUAUAUUAUAACCAAUGUCUGAUCCCUUUUUACCAUUUUGAAAUCACUUUCAAGCAUUUGUUUCUGGAAUGCAUAUGACCGCUUCAUGGCAUCUCUUCUAAUGAAAUAUUUGAUGGCCAUGACUAACAAAGUAUCAUCCCUUGCAUUUUCUGAGUGUGAUUUUGGUUGUGUAAUAAAUCUGAAUAGUACAGGAAACCCAAUUCUGCUUUUAAUUAAAAUCUGAGAAUGCAGUGGAAGAUAUCUUUAAAUUAUGUUUAGAAAUAUAGAUAGAGGAUACAGGUGGUUUGCUUUUGCUGUCUGAGCAGAAAUCUAUAUUUUUAUUCUUCAGAGUAAUCAUUUUGGAAAUUAAGGGUGAAAAUUACAUCAAGAACAUUAAAGUAGAUGAAAAGUACAUUAGAAAGUUGAUUUGACUACCUAGAAAAGUUGGAAGGUAAACAAAUAAGCCAUAGCACCUUUAUUGCAGUUGGGUGCUAUGCUAGAUUAAGUAAUGGAAAAAUGAGAUUCCUUGGGCGAAAAUUCAAUAGGAGAGUGCUAACAUAGGAAAACCCUUGCUGCUGUGCAAGUUUCUCAAAUACAUGCUGUUAGUAUAAUACUGUUAGAGGCAUUUUAAAAUGGUGCCACUUAUUUUCUAAUACGUUGGUAACCAUUAGAUAAUUUGGGACCCAAGACCAGCCAAAAUUGCAUUUUGGUAAUUUUAAAAGCAUCUAGUUAAUAUGGGAUUUUUGUCAUUUAACUUGGCAUUGUAUGAUUGAAAACUAGAAUGCUUCCUACCUAUUUGGCCUUUGUUUUGAUAUUCACAUAUUAUCAUUAAUGGGUCAGUGUCACUUUCACUUUAAAUAGUAAUGCCACCAUCUGAAAGUUUCCUUUUAGUGUUCUAUUUUAGUUCCAGAAUUCUUAAUGUUUUUGAAGCAACACAAGUUUUUAAGUAGCUGCUAUACUGAUCAGAAGCUCAAUAGUUGCUCGAUAAAGCUACAGUGUGAUCCUCUCUGUGCCAAUGUGAUCAUAGGCAGCUAUUGUAACCUUGGCUGUGCAGCUUACUCCUAUCCAAAUUUAGUUUAUUUUUUUCUGUAUUAAGAUAACUAACAAGCCAUGCUGCGUACCUUCUCAUUUGACAGAGUAGCUUUUAGCAAGUUAACUUUCUGUUAGAGAAAAUAAUUAGAUAGUUUGUGGAACUGGAUUGUUUCUAAUGGUCUUUGAUUAACAAUCUUAGUGCAACCAGGAUUUUUUUUUAUAUAAUUGUUUCAAGCACUAAAGGCAUUGGAAGGCUAAGCAAUUUAAUAUGUAUUGGAAGCCUUAAAUUGUUUCCAGAUCAACUAAGUGAAGUUAUCAAAACUAAGUAUAAGCACUUGUUGUAUUCCAUAUUUUAAAGAUUAAUCUCAUUUUACAUGAAUUGCUUUUAUAAUGUUAAUAUUUUUCUAUUGUAUGCUGUGCAAGCAUAUCCUGGAAAACCCUUGACCACCCUAACAUCCCCUUGGGGUUAUUGGAUUAAUUUUAAGAUGUAUUGUUAACAGGUGCCGUGAAAGUUAAAACUGCAGCAACUGCUUUCAAUUUUAAGCUAAUUAGUAAACUUGUAAAUACACGUACUUCAUAUUUGUAAAAAUCAAUUCUGACUGUUUAGUAUAAAGGUCUAAUUCUUGUCACACAAGUAGAAUGUGUCAGUUUUAAUGUCUUAUUAAAUGUUCAGAUGUUGCACAUUUAAACUUUAAACAUUUGUAUCAACUGUCUGGCAACCUUUCAAUAUUUCAUCUCUAAUACCUGGUUUUGCUUUCAUUUGAGAUUUCAGUAAAUUAUCGGAAUAAUUAGUAUGUCUGCAAGGGCAAGCAUCUUUAUUCUUUUCUGGCAUUGUGCAUUCUGAAUUGUAGAAAUGGUUCAACUGCAUCAAUUCUUUGAUGCAGGCUUCUGAAUAGCAUUUGUUGCACCUCAUUUACAAGUUAGGCAUUUUUUUUAAAAAGCAAUAAUAUUUUGGAACAAAUAUGCCAAUAACAAGACUUGUCUUGAAGCUUGAAUUACUACAUAGCUUGUACCAUUUUCCAGUUCAAAAAAUUCUCAAUUUCUGAAUAUUUUAAUUUGUUUCAUUAGGUGUAAAAUGGGACUGUAAGAAAAGUUCAAAAGGCAUAUCAAAGUUAACAAUGUUUUUCUUUCCCCAAAUUGGUUCUAUAUAUAUACAAGGUAUUAUAAAUCUGGCAGAAUUUUCUGUUCUCCAGGCUUUUUAUUAAUAAUUGGCUCCCUUUCAAAGCAUUGUGCAGAAGUAGGACAAUGCCAACUAAUGAAGUAAAUUUUGCAUUAUUCACAGAAAUGCAGAUUGUCUUUUCCAGGAAUUUCUUGUGCAAUCAGCAUUAGAUUAAUUGGGCAUUGAUUUCCCAGGCAUUUGUGAAAUGGUGCUGGUGGAAACAAGUUGCAGAAUUUGAGAAGGAAGGCCAGAAAACAAUGAACAACAAAUACCUGGAACUCAUUUGAAUGAAAGGCAAUAUACAAUAUUUACAUUUCAGCUCUACUGGACUCUUGAACCAUUUCCACAAAUAUCUGGUUCCUGCGUUAAUCAAAUUCAAAUUAUGAAUGAUAUGGAUGUUUAAAAAACAUUAAAAAGUUGACAAUGGAUCUUUCAAAAAUCUUUUAAUAUGUCCAGAUUUAUAGUUUAAUACUCAUCUUUGUGGAUGUUGAAGAAAUUUUAAAAAUUUGAUCAGUCAUAAUUUGAGAUGGGCUCUAAUUUUGCCUUUGCGUACUGAGCUGAGUGUUCUCUGUAAUGCGUUAAAGUUCUUCCUUCUAGUCUACCGUCUUUGAGGUGCUUUCACUUUAUAUUCCUGCAUCUCCAAGCUGUUUUGUCCAGAGCAACGACUUGUCAAGGAUGCCAUCCCAAUGAAUACAAAAGGUUUAACAUUACAUUGUACCUGCACAGUAUGUGGAAACUGUAUAUCUACAGCUACAUACUAAAUUAGAUUAGCAUCACCAAUUCUCAAUUUUUAUUUUGUAACUUUUUUAAAUUUGUGAAUUAAAACUGCAUUCUAUUAAUUUAAUAUUUCUAUGGCCUCCAGUUGAUAGUUCUUUGAAACCAAACAAAAUUGUUUCAGGCUAGGUACUGUUUAUGUUAGACCAUUUUAUCACUGUUUUGCUUGUCUAGAUUUUCAUAACUGUACUUCAUGGAUGCAGAAGCAAAAUAAUUCAAAUGGAUUUGAAUAGGUAAUAUUGAUCAACUAUAUUGGUUAAUUUCCAUUAAAAAAAAUACCUUCCUUAUUUUAAGGAUAAAAUUGCAUCCAGGUUGUAGUGCAAGGAAAAGCUCUUGAUUUCCUCAUAAUUUUCCUCUUGGGCUUGGAAUGACGGCAAAUAUUUUGUUUAUUGACAUUGUAAGCUUAGAAUUUGGGCAGUCUUAGUUCAGUUUCCAUAACUGUUCCUAAACUAGUACACAAUUUAACAGUAGGGGCACCUUGUUAGGGAAUUAGAAUUCAGUUCUAAUUAAUUUAAAUCCCAACAAGUAUUAUGCAAUUGGUGCUAGCAAGUUUCAUAUUCUUUAGUCACUGUUUCAGACCAUUAAAGUUGUCCUUUUAUACUGGUGAAAGAUGCUAUCACGGUUGCAACACCUGUCCUAAUUAUUUUGAACUAUUAUGUUGAUUGUUUUAAAAAAUAUUUUUCAUGAUGGAUGCUGAGGAGAAGAUGUUUUGUUACUCAUUGUUUUUGUGCUGUGGACUAGUGACUUUUUAUUCUAAAGCACUUUACAAGAGUUUUAAACCUAUCAAUACUAGAUUCAUUAAUUAUUCCUCAGUUUAUUUUUCAAAUGGGCAAGCUUUUCUUUUUAAAAAAAAAGGCUAUAAAUACUAUGGAGCAUUACAUUCUUUUGAUAGAAGGAACCAAAGCUUAGUGAAGAUGUAUUUUUUCAGCAAGAUGGUGAAAAGGUCCAUUUGGGUUGAGCAACAGUUGCUAAAUUGUGUACAUGUAGUUUUGGCUUUUAUCUGUACUGUUAGACUCGAAUACCAUUUUUUAAGAAAAAUUUUCUAAAAAAUACAAUACAUUAUAAUCGUUGUGAGCACUAUGAGCUAUGGCGUGGAAAGCCAUGUUUGAUAGUGCACCUGAUUGCUUCUAACUGUCAUAUAUUGCAUUAAGGUUCGUCAAAUGUGCUGUCGAACAGUAUUUUUGCAACUUAGCUGAAAGCUUUUUAUUUGCUCAAGUUUUUAACCCCUCAUAGAUUUGUGCACUUUGAGAUUUUUUUUAAAAAUCUACUUUUUUUUGUGGGGGAUGUUUGUGCGUGCCUAUUGGCAUAUUAAGUGCUUUGAUGUAAGCUACUCGCUAUAGGUAUGUAAAGGUAAUUAUUGCUGUUUAUAACCAAAUGUUAGUGUUUAUGAAUUUAAAACCAACUGACUACAUUUUUUCUGAAAGAUCCAGCUACAUCGCCAAUUUUGUAAUAUGCAUUCUGUUAUACUCUUAACAAGUAAAUGCUUGUUUAGGGUAUUGUUUACGUUGCAUAUAAAAUCCUGUAUUAUCUGUAGAAUAAUGCUCAUUCUGACAUGUACAAUAGAAUUUCAGUUUAUUUUGCUAUAUAUUGCAUCUAUCUUCUCUUCCACCCUGCAGGCUUUUUUGGUGUUCUCUGGCUUCAUUGUCUUAAUAUAGAAUAAAGACUACGCACA